GAGCCACAGGACUCAUUCUGUCCUCCAGCACACCCACACACACUCUGAGAGCCAGAGAGAGAGAGUGAGAUAGAGAGGUGUAGCAAGGAGAGAGAGAGAGGGGUGUUGCGAAUAGAAAAAGAUAGCAAGGAAAGAGAGAGAGAGAUUUUUGUGCAAAGGACUAAAAGAGAAAGAGAGUUAGAGAACAGGAGGAUUUUCUGGCUUUUCUCUCAGAGCUGCAGAUAGAACCGGGAGAAGACAGAAAGAUGGCAGAAGGAGGAGAAGGAGAGGAGGAGAUUCAGUUCCUUCGCACGGAUGACCAGGUGGUGCUACAGUGCACUGCUUCUGUCCUGAAGGAGCAGAUCAAACUGUGUCUGGCCUGUGAGGGCUUCGGGAAUCGACUAUGUUACCUGGAGACCACGUCCAACGCUCAGAACUGUCCACCAGAUCUGGCCAUCUGUGCCUUCGUCCUGGAACAGUCCCUGUCUGUACGUGCGCUGCAGGAGAUGCUGGCUAACACCGUGGACAUGAGUGAGUCAUCCCAAGGAGGAGGCCACCGCACGCUGCUGUACGGCCAUGCUAUCCUGCUCAGACACUACCACUCUAGCAUGUAUCUGAGCUGCCUGACGACGUCUCGGUCACUAACAGAUAAGCUGUCCUUCGAUGUGGGCCUGCAAGAAGACUGCGUAGGCGAGGCGUGUUGGUGGACGAUUCACCCAGCGUCCAAACAGAGGUCAGAGGGAGAGAAGGUCAGGGUAGGCGAUGACCUCAUCCUGGUCAGCGUCUCCUCAGAGAGAUACCUUCAUCUGUCCUAUGCCAGUGGUGAUCUGAUGGUGGAUGCGUCCUUCAUGCAGACUCUAUGGAACAUGAACCCUGUGUGUUCAGGCUGCGAGCUGGCUGAGGGCUUCCUGGCCGGGGGUCAAGUCCUCAGACUGUUCCACGGUCACAUGGACGAGUGUCUGGCCAUCUCCAUGCCUGACGACGGGGACGACAAACGCAGCACCGCCCACUAUGAAGGAGGAGCCGUGUGUAGCCAGGCCCGUUCUUUAUGGAGACUGGAGCCUCUGAGAAUCAGCUGGAGCGGCAGCCACAUGAAGUGUGGCCAGUCGUUCCGUGUGCGCCACAUCACCACGGGCCGUUACCUCUGUCUGGACGAGGAGAAGGGCCUGAUGGUCCUCGACCCUGAGAGGGCCAACACCAAACUGUCUGCCUUCAGCUUCCGCGUGUCAAAGGAGAAGGUGGAACAGGCUCGUAAGCGAGACGUGGAGGGAAUGGGCAUCCCAGAGAUCAAGUAUGGAGAGUCCAUGUGUUUUGUCCAGCACGUGUCCACCAGCCUGUGGCUUACCUACGCCUCCCUGGAUGCUAAGGCUGCUCGCCUGGGGACAAUGAAGAGGAAGGCCAUUCUGCACCAGGAGGGUCACAUGGACGAUGCCCUGACUGUGGCCCGGUCCCAGACAGAGGAGUCUCAGGCUGCUAGGAUGAUCUUUAGCACCACAGGACUCUUCAGGCAGUUCAUCAAGGGUCUGGACUCCCUGCAGGGGAAGAAUAAGUCCCCUGUCCCCGUGCCUCUACCCCUGGACGGGGUCGUCCUCUCCCUGCAGGACCUUAUCUUCUACUUCCGUCCCCCUGAAGACGAGCUGGAACAUGAGGAGAAACAGACAAAGCUGCGCUCCCUCCGAAACCGACAGAACCUCUUCCAAGAGGAGGGUAUGAUCACCAUCGUGCUAGAGUGUAUCGACCGCCUGAACGUUUACAACACUGCUGCUGACUUCUCUGAGUUGGCCGGAGAGGAGGCCGCUGAGUCCUGGAAGGAGAUUGUCAACUUGCUCUAUGAGCUGCUGGCCUCUCUGAUCAGGGGGAACCGUUCUAACUGUGCGCUGUUCUGUGAUAACCUGGACUGGCUGGUCAGCAAACUGGACCGGUUGGAGGCCUCUUCAGGUAUCUUGGAGGUGUUGCACUGUGUCCUGAUUGAGAGUCCAGAGGUUCUGAACAUCAUUCAGGAGAACCACAUCAAAUCUAUCAUCUCUUUGCUGGACAAACAUGGCAGAAACCACAAGGUGUUGGACGUGCUCCGGUCUCUUUGUGUGUGUAACGGUGUGGCUGUAAGGUCCAAUCAGAACCUCAUCACAGAGAAUCUAUUUCCAGGUCGCGAUCUCCUAUUGCAGACCAACAUCGUCAACUAUGUAACCAGUGUGAGGCCCAACAUCUUCCUGGGAACCUGCGAAGGCUCUACUCAGUAUAAGAAGUGGUACUUUGAGAUGAUGGUAGACUAUGUGGAGCCUUUCGUGACAGCCACACCCUCUCACCUGCGUGUGGGCUGGGCCCUGACAGAGGGGUAUUCCCCCUAUCCUGGGGGCGGAGAGGGCUGGGGUGGCAACGGGGUGGGGGAUGACCUCUACUCGUACGGCUUCGAUGGACUGCACCUGUGGUCAGGUCACGUCCCCCGCCAGGUGGCGUCGCCCAAUCAGCAUGCCCUAGCAGCUGAUGAUGUGGUGUCGUGCUGUCUGGAUCUGAGCGUGCCCAGUAUCUCGUUCCGGGUCAACGGCCACCCGGUCCAGGGCAUGUUCGAGAACUUCAACGUAGACGGACUGUUCUUCCCCGUCAUCAGUUUCUCUGCUGGAGUCAAAGCUCGUUUACUGUUGGGUGGUCGCCAUGGAGACUUUAAGUUCCUGCCCCCCCCAGGCUAUGCUCCGUGCUACGAGGCUCUGCUACCCAAGGACAGGAUGAGGAUCGAACCCAUCAAGGAGUACAAACACGACUUUGACGGAGUCCGAAACUUGCUGGGGCCAACCCAGUCCCUCACACACACCUCCUUUACCCCCAAUCCUGUAGACACUGCUCAGAUCGUGUUGCCGCCCCACCUGGAGAAGAUCAGGGAGAAGCUGGCAGAGAACAUCCACUCGCUGUGGGCCAUCACGCGCAUCGAGCAGGGCUGGACUUAUGGAAUAUUCAGAGACGACAACAAGAAGCUGCAUCCCUGUCUGGUCGACUUCCAGACCCUUCCUGAACCUGAGAGGAACUACAAUCUGCAGAUGUCUGGGGAAACACUUAAGACUCUGCUGGCCCUGGGCUGUCAUGUGGGCAUGGGGGAUGAGAAGGCAGAGGAGAACCUGAAGAUCAUCAAAAUGCCAAAGACCUAUAUAAUGAGCAAUGGAUUUAAGCCCGCCCCCCUGGAUCUGAACCACGUCAAGCUGACGCCCAAUCAAAACCAGCUGGUGGAGAAGCUGGCGGAGAACGGUCACAACGUGUGGGCACGGGACCGCGUGCGCCAGGGUUGGACGUACAGCAUCGUGCAGGACAUCAUGAACAAGCGUAACCCCCGUCUGGUUCCUUAUAACCUGCUGGAUGAGAGAACCAAGAAGACCAACCGAGACAGCGUCAACAAUGCUGUACGCACUCUCAUUGGCUACGGAUACAACAUCGAGCCUCCAGACCAAGAGAGCACUGGCCUCGGCCUGGAUGACGUGCGGGGGGAUAAGGUACGUAUCUUCCGUGCUGAGAAGUCCUACGCGGUCACGUCUGGGAAGUGGUACUUUGAGUUUGAGGCGGUGACGACCGAAGAGAUGAGAGUGGGCUGGGCCCGACCCAACGUCCGGGCUGACAAUGAGCUGGGAGCAGACGAGCUGGCCUGGGUCUUCAACGGAAAAACGGCCCAGCGCUGGCACGUGGGUAAUGACCCGUUUGGUCGCCAGUGGCAGUCGGGUGACGUGGUGGGUUGUAUGAUCGACCUGACCGAACAAAACAUCAUGUUCACCCUGAACGGAGAGAUGCUCAUCAGCGACUCUGGCUCAGACAUGGCUUUCAAGGACAUCGAGAUAGGAGAAGGCUUCAUCCCAGUGUGUACCCUGGGUCUGUCCCAGGUGGGCAGGAUCAACCUGGGUCAGAACGUCAGCAGUCUGCGCUACUUCGCCAUCUGUGGUCUCCAGGAGGGCUUCGAACCAUUUGCCAUCAACAUGAAGAGAGACAUUACCAUGUGGUUCAGCAAGAGCCUGCCACAGUUCGCCCCUGUGCCAACUAACCACCAACACAUUGAGGUGUCCCGCGUGGACGGGACAGUGGACAGCGCUCCCUGCCUGAAGCUGACCCACAAGACGUUCGGCUCCCAGAAUGCCAACACUGACAUGCUGUUCCUCCGCCUCAGCAUGCCCGUGGAGUUUGACGAGGUCUUCAAGAUCACAGCCGGGACCACGCCGCUGACCCGCACUAUGACCAUACAUGAGGACGAGGUUCUGGAGGUGGAGCCGGACUCUGAGUUUGAGGUUCUGAAGAAGUCGGCCAGUAAGAAAGAGCAGGAAGAGAAGGAAAAGGAACCAUCUGUCGCCAAGGAGACGCCCGAGAUAGAGAAGGAUGCGAUGUCAGAGAAGGGCAAGAAGAGAGGGUUGUUUGCUAGGGCUAAGAAGGCAGCUACCAUCAACCCUCCCCCAACCCCUCCCUUGGUGCCACGGUUACAGCAGGACGUGGUCCCAGAUGACAGAGAUGAUGUGGAGAUUAUCCAGAAUACCACCACGUACUACUACUCGGUGAGAAUCUUUGCUGGCCAGGAGCCCAGUGGGGUGUGGAUCGGCUGGGUAACACCCGACUACCACAUGUACGACCCCAACUUUGACCUCUCCAAGGUCCGGAACGUCACCUUGACCGUUGGAGACGACAAGGGCAACAUCCACGACAGUAUGAAGCAUAGUAACUGCUACAUGGUGUGGGGAGGAGACUUCGGCAACAGCUCCCAGCAGGCCAGGUUCAGCCAGGAGGACACUGUGGUUGGCUGCCUGGUCGACCUGGCAACAGGCCUCAUGACAUUCACAGCCAAUGGGAAGGAGAUAAACACCUUCUACCAGGUGGAGCCCAACACAAAGCUGUUUCCUGCUGUGUUCGUCCAGCCCUCCAGUCAGAACAUGGUACAGCUGGAGCUGGGGAAACUCAAGAACAUCAUGCCAAUCUCAGCAGCCAUGUUCCGCAGUGAGCGUAAGAACCCAGUGCCCCAGUGCCCCCCCAGGCUGGACAUCCAGAUCAUGCUGUUGACCCCCGUCAUCUGGUCCCGCAUGCCCAACCACUUCCUGGACCCAGAGGUCGGCAGGGUCAGCGAGAGACUGGGCUGGAUGGUGGAGUGUACCGAACCCCUCACCAUGAUGGCCCUGCACAUACCCGAGGAGAACAGGUGUAUAGACAUCCUGGAGUUGUCUGAGCGCCUGGAUCUGCUGAAGUUCCACUUCCAUACUCUGAUGUUGUACUGUGCUGUCUGCGCUCUGGGCAACAACCGUGUAGCACACGCCCUCUGCUCGCAUGUUGACGAAUCACAGCUCUUCUACGCCAUGGAGAACACCUACCUGCCCGGUCCCCUUCGCAGCGGGUUCUACGACCUGCUGAUCUCCAUCCACCUGGAGUCAGCUAAACGGGCACGGCUGGGCACCAACCGGGAGUUCAUUGUGCCCAUGUCCGCCGAGACCCUCAGCAUCACCCUGUACCCUGACGCUGAGAAGGCCUCUGACCUUCCUGGGGUGGGGUUAACUACCUGUCUUAGACCCAAGCUGCACUUCUCAACCAUCAACUUUGUUGGGACGGAUCCUGACCUGUACACUCUCAGCCCUGUCUUCCCUCUUCAGGAACUGAAGACAAAAGCCAUCAGCAUGUUGACAGAGGCGGUUCUGGAUGGUAGCCAGGCUAUGAGAGACCCAGUAGGGGGCAGCGUAGAGUUCCACUUCGUCCCCAUCUUGAAGCUCAUCAGCACUCUCCUCAUCAUGGGCAUCUUCAACGAUGAAGACGUCAAACACAUCCUCAAGAUGAUCGACCCCAAUGUGUUCGCUGGGAAGAAAGAGGAGGUGGAGGAGGGAGACAAGGCAGAGGAUGCUACCGCCAAGGAAGAGGGUGAAGAAGUGAAGGAGAAAGAAGAGGAGGAGGCAGAUGAUGAAGGAGUAGGGGAGGAGGAAGAAGAGGAUGAGGAACUGAAACACCUAGAGAAAGAAGAGGAGGGGGAGGCGGAGGAGGAGGAAGGGGAGAAGGAACACGAGGAGGAGGAGAAGGAGAAAGAGGAAGACGGGGAGGAAAAUGUGAUGACAGAAGAGGAGGCAGCGGCGAUCGAGUUGGAGCUGGAGAAGGAAGAGGCGGCUUUGGAGGAGGGACUACUGCAGAUGAAACUGCCAGAGUCUGUCAAACUGCAGAUGUGUACGCUGCUGCAGUACUUCUGUGACUGUGAACUGAGGCACAGAGUGGAGGCUAUCGUGGCGUACUCGGAUCAGUUUGUCAACGCCAUUCAGACCAAUCAGAGAGUUCGCUAUAACCUACUGAUGCAGGCCUUCUCCAUGAGCGCUGCCGAGACCGCACGCAAGACACGAGAGUUCCGUUCCCCACCUCAGGACCAGGUGAUCCUGCUGACUAACUUCAAGCAUGGCCCGGAGGAGGAGGAGUGCCCAGUACCGGAGGAGACCAGAGAUACACUGACCGAAUUCCACACUGACAUCCUUAUACAUUGUGGCGUGCACAUCGAGGCGGAAGAGGAGGAGGAGGAGGUGGACACCUCUCUGAGAGGGCGUCUUGGCCGGCUGAUGGGCAAGGUGAAUAACUUGAGGAAGAAAAAGGAGGUGGUGGAGGAGCCAGAAGAGGAGGAGGAGGUCAAACCCAGCACUCUCCAGGAGUUGAUCUCCCAUACCAUGAUCCACUGGGCCCAAGAGGCCUUCAUUCAGAACCCUGAGCUGGUGCGCCUGAUGUUCAGCCUGCUCCACAGGCAGUAUGAUGGGCUGGGAGAGCUGACCAGAGCCCUGCCUAAAGCCUACGCCAUCAAUGCUAUAUCUGUCCAGGACACAAUGGACUUGUUGGAGUGCUUGGGCCAGAUCAGAUCUCUGCUCAUCGUUCAGAUGGGCCCCGAGGAGGAGAGGCUCAUGAUCCAGAGCAUUGGGAACAUCAUGAACAACAAGGUGUUCUACCAGCACCCUAACCUGAUGAGGGCUCUGGGGAUGCAUGAGACUGUCAUGGAGGUGAUGGUUAAUGUGCUGGGAGGAGGUGGGGAUUCCAAGGAGAUCCGGUUCCCCCAGAUGGUGACCAACUGCUGUCGGUUCCUGUGUUACUUCUGUCGCAUCAGCCGUCAGAACCAGAGGUCCAUGUUUGAUCACCUCAGCUACCUGCUGCAGAACAGCGGCAUCGGCCUAGGUAUGCGUGGCUCCACCCCUCUGGAUGUGGCUGCAGCUUCCUGCAUCGACAACAACGAGCUGGCCUUAGCUCUACAGGAGCAGGACUUGGAGAAGGUGGUGACUUACCUGGCGGGCUGUGGACUACAGAGCUGUCCCAUGCUCCUAUCUAAGGGCUACCCUGACAUCGGCUGGAAUCCCUGUGGGGGAGAGAAAUACCUGGACUUCCUGCGCUUUGCUGUCUUUGUCAACGGAGAGAGUGUGGAGGAGAAUGCCAACGUGGUGGUGCGUCUACUGAUUCGUCGGCCAGAGUGUUUUGGCCCCGCCCUGAGAGGAGAGGGGGGUGCUGGUCUGCUGGCGGCAAUAGAGGAGGCCAUCAAGAUCUCAGAGGACCCAGCCAGGGACGGACCUACUGUCAAGAAGGACAGGCGGUUCCCCAUGUUUGGUGGUGAGGAGCAGCAAGAGGAGAACCGCGUCCAUCUUGGAAACGCCAUCAUGUCCUUCUACUCUGCCCUCAUCGAUCUGCUGGGACGCUGUGCACCUGAGAUGCACUUGAUCCAGGCGGGUAAAGGUGAGGCUCUGAGGAUCCGGGCUAUCCUGAGAUCUCUGGUUCCUAUAGAAGACCUGGUGGGAGUCAUCAGUCUGUCUGUACAGAUACCUGACUAUGGGAAAGAUGGUCACACCAUAGAGCCUAAGAUGUCUGCGAGCUUCGUCCCGGACCACAAGGCGUCCAUGGUGCUGUUCCUGGACCGUGUGUAUGGUAUCGACAACCAGGACUUCCUGCUUCAUGUUCUGGAGGUGGGCUUCCUGCCAGACAUGAGAGCUGCUGCAUCCCUGGAUACGCUGGCAUUCAGCACCACAGAGAUGGCUCUGGCUCUGAACCGCUACCUGUGUUCCGCUGUGCUGCCCCUCAUCACCAAGUGUGCCCCUCUGUUCGCGGGCACCGACCACCGUGCCAUCAUGAUUGACUCCAUGUUGCACACCAUCUAUAGGCUGUCCCGCGGGCGAGCCCUCACCAAGGCUCAGAGAGACGUCAUCGAGGAGUGCCUCAUGUCCCUCGUCAAGUACCUUCGACCUUCCAUGCUGCAGCAUCUGCUGAGGAAGCUGGUGUUUGACGUGCCAAUACUCAACGAGUUUGCUAAGAUGCCUCUGAAGCUCCUGACCAAUCACUAUGAGCGUUGUUGGAAGUACUACUGCCUGCCUAACGGUUGGGCCAACUUUGGGGCGUCGUCAGAGGAGGAGCUGCACCUGUCGCGGAAACUCUUCUGGGGAAUCUUCGAGUCUCUGGCGCACAAGAAAUUCGAUGCCGAGCUGUUUAAGAUCGCCAUGCCAUGUAUCUGUGCCAUCGCUGGCGCCAUCCCCCCUGACUAUGUGGACGCCAGCUACUCCUCCAACACGGAGAAGAAGGCUUCGGUGGACGCCGAGGGGAACUUUGACCCCAAACCCGUGGAGACCACCAACACCAUUAUCCCAGAGAAGCUGGAUGGCUUCAUCAAUAAGUAUGCAGAACACACUCACGACAAGUGGGCCUUCGAAAAGAUCCAGAACAACUGGUCGUACGGAGAGGUGCUGGAUGAAAACGCCAAGACACACCCUAUGCUGCGUCCCUACAAGACCUUCUCCGAGAAGGACAAGGAGAUCUACCGCUGGCCCAUCAAGGAGUCCGUUAAGGCCAUGCUGGCCUGGGAGUGGACGAUGGAGAAGGCUCAAGCAGGGGAGGGAGAGAAGGUGGAGCUGAAGACCUCCACACGGAAGAUCUCCCAGACUGCUCAGGCGACCUAUGACCCCAGCCAUGGCUACAGCCCUUCGCCUGUGGACAUCACUGCCAUGGCGCUGUCCAGAGAGCUGCAGUCCAUGGCUGAACAGCUGGCUGAAAACUACCACAACACCUGGGGUAGGAAGAAGAAGAUGGAGCUGAUGGGAAAAGGUGGCGGUUCCCAUCCCCUGCUGGUACCCUAUGACACCUUGACGGCUAAGGAGAAGGCCAGAGACAGAGAGAAAGCCCAGGACCUUCUCAAGUUCCUGCAGCUCAACGGAUACGCCGUCACUAGGGGCCCGAAGGACAUGGAACAGGACAUCUCCUCCAUAGAGAAGAGGUUUGCCUAUGGUUUCCUCCAGAAGCUACUGAAGUGGAUGGAUAUUGCCCAGGAGUUCAUCGCCCAUCUGGAGGCUGUGGUUAGCAGUGGCAGAGUGGAGAAGUCUCCACACGAACAGGAGAUCAAGUUCUUUGCCAAAAUUCUCCUGCCAUUGGUUAACCAGUACUUUAAGAACCACUGCCUCUACUUCCUCUCCACGCCUGCCAAGUUGCUGGGCAGUGGAGGCCACUCCUCCAACAAGGAGAAGGAAAUGAUCGCCAGUAUCUUCUGUAAGUUGGCAGCUCUGGUGAGACACAGAGUAUCUCUCUUUGGAACGGAUGCUGGCGCGGUGGUGAAUUGUCUGCACAUCCUGUCACGAUCACUGGACGCCAGGACGGUAAUGAAGUCAGGUCCUGAGAUUGUGAAGGCAGGACUGCGACAGUUCUUUGAGAGCGCUGCAGACGACAUAGAGAAGAUGGUGGAGAAUCUGAAGCUGGGCAAGGUUUCUAGCAGGAACCAGGUGAAGGGUGUGUCCCAGAACAUCAACUACACCACCAUCGCCCUGCUCCCUGUCCUGACCACCCUGUUCGACCACAUCGCCCAGCACCAGUUUGGGGACGACGUCAUCUUGGACGACCUUCAGAUCUCGUGUUACAGGAUCAUGUGUUCCAUCUACUCGCUGGGCACCGUGAAGACGCCUCACGCUGAGAAGCAGAGGCCGGCUCUGGGGGAGUGUCUGGCUAAUCUUGCCGCUGCCAUGCCUGUGGCCUACCUGGAGCCCGGCCUCAACGAGUACAACGCCUACUCUGUGUACACCACGAAGACACCCAGAGAGAGAGGCAUCCUGGGCCUGCCCAACCAAGUAGAGGAGCUGUGUACGGACAUCCCAGAGCUAGAUGUCCUGAUGAAGGAGAUCGGGGACCUGGCAGAGUCAGGGGCUCGCUACACUGAGAUGCCCCACGUUAUCGAGAUCACCCUGCCCAUGCUGUGUAACUACCUUCCUCGUUGGUGGGAAAGAGGUCUGGAGAACUACCCCGACCUGGACGGUCAGCUCUGUACUGACGUCACCUCAGAACAACUCAACCAGUUGCUGGGCAACAUCAUGAAGAUAGUGGUGAAUAAUCUGGGGAUAGACGAAGCCUCCUGGAUGAAACGCCUGGCAGUGUUUGCCCAGCCCAUCGUUAGCAGGGCCAAGCCUGAGAUGUUGAAGUCUCAUUUCAUCCCGACCAUGGAGAAACUGAAGAAACGCAGUGGGAAGGUAGUGGCUGAGGAGGAGCAGCUGAGACUGGAGGGGAAGUCUGAGGUGGACAGUGAGGAAGGAACCAUUAGGGAUGAGUUUGCUGUUCUCUGCAGAGACCUCUACGCUCUGUACCCUCUACUGAUCAGAUAUGUGGAUAACAACAGGGCUCGAUGGUUGACCUGUCCAGACCCAGAUGCUGAGGAACUCUUCAGGAUGGUUGGAGAGGUGUUCAUCUUCUGGUCCAAGUCUCAUGUGAGUGUGACCUCCUUUAACACACACACACACACACACAGAAGUCCGCUCCAUGGCUGGACAGCAGAUGUCCGGAUUGGGAUCGCCGUUCCGGACCCGUCGUCUGGUCGUCCAGACUGGAAGAUCUGGGCAAACUUUGUGGUAAUGAAUGAGAUCAACAACAUGUCUUUCCUGACCGCUGACAGCAAGAGUAAGAUGAGCAAGGCCGGCGGGGAAGAGGCUGGAGGUUCUGAUGUGGAGCGUACCAAGAAGAAGCGAAGGGGGGACCGCUAUUCGGUGCAGACAUCUCUGAUCGUAGCGGCGCUGAAGAAGAUGCUUCCUAUUGGCCUCAACAUGUGUUCCCCUGCUGACCAGGAACUGAUUAACCUGGCCAAGAUACGCUACAGCCUGAAAGACACAGAUGAGGAGGUGAGAGAGUUUCUACAGAACAACAUGCAUCUACAGGGCAAGGUGGAGGACCCGUCAAUGCGCUGGCAGAUGGCGCUGUAUAAGGAGACGUCAGGGAAGGCUGAGGAUGCUGAGGACCCCGAGAAGGUGGUCAAAAGAGUCCAGGAGGUGUCCGCUGUCCUCUACCACAUAGAGGUGACGGAGCACCCGUACAAGUCUAAGAAGAUGGUUUGGCACAAGCUGCUUUCUAAACAACGGCGCAAAGCUGUUGUGGCCUGCUUCAGGAUGUCACCCCUCUACAACAUCCCCAGGCACCGGGGGUCCAACAUGUUCCUGAAUGGGUACAAGAGGAACUGGCUGCAGACUGAAGGAUACCAGUUUGAAGACCGUAUGAUCGACGACUUGUCUAAAGCCAUGGAGGAGGAGGAGCUGGGAGAAGAGGGAGAGGAAGAGGCAGAAACUAAACCUGACCCUCUGCAUCAGCUCAUCCUACACUUCAGCCGGACAGCUCUCACGGAGAAGAGCAAACUGGAAGUCGACUACUUAUACAUGGCUUAUGCUGACAUUAUGGCCAAGAGUUGCCACAUCGGUGAGGAGGAGGAAGGGGAAGAGGAGGAGGCCUUUGAAGUGACCCAGACUGAGAUGGAGAGGGAGAUGGAGAAGCAGAGGCUCCUGUAUCAGCAGUCACGUCUCCACAACAGAGGAGCUGCAGAGAUGGUGCUGCAGAUGAUCAGUGCCUGCAGAGGUGAGACUGGGGCGAUGGUGUCCUCCACCCUGAAGCUGGGCAUCUCAAUCCUCAACACAGGCAACUGUGCCGUACAACAGAGGAUGCUGGACUACCUGAAGGACAAAAAGGAUGUUGGCUUCUUCCUGAGUAUUCAGGCUCUGAUGCAGACCUGCAGCGUUCUAGACCUGAAUGCCUUUGAGAGACAGAACAAGGCAGAGGGCCUUGGUAUGGUGUCAGAGGAGGGAUCAAAUGAGAAGGUGAUGGCGGAUGAUGAGUUCACCUGUGACCUGUUCCGCUUCCUGCAGCUGCUCUGUGAGGGACACAACAACGAUUUCCAGAACUAUCUGCGUACCCAGACUGGCAGCACCACCACCAUCAACAUCAUCAUCUGCACUGUGGACUACCUGCUCCGUCUGCAGGAGUCUAUCAGUGAUUUCUACUGGUACUACUCUGGGAAGGACAUCAUAGACGAGCCAGGAAAGAGGAACUUCUCCAAGGCCAUGAUUGUGGCUAAACAGGUGUUCAACAGUCUGACAGAGUAUAUCCAGGGUCCAUGUACGGGGAACCAGCAGUCUUUGGCCCACAGCAGGUUGUGGGACGCUGUGGUUGGCUUCCUGCACGUCUUUGCUCACAUGAUGAUGAAGCUGGCUCAGGACUCCAGUCAGAUUGGUCUGCUGAAGGAACUCCUGGACCUGCAGAAAGACAUGGUGGUCAUGCUGUUGUCUCUACUGGAAGGCAAUGUGGUGAACGGCACCAUCGCCCGUCAGAUGGUGGACAUGCUAGUGGAGUCCUCCAGUAACGUGGAGAUGAUCCUCAAGUUCUUCGACAUGUUCCUCAAGCUGAAGGACAUCACGGGGUCUGACGCCUUCCGAGACUACGUGACCGACCCCCGAGGCCUCAUCUCCAAGAAGGACUUCUACAAGGCCAUGGACAGCCAGAAGCAGUACUCUCCGUCUGAGAUCCAGUUCCUUCUGUCUUGUUCCGAGGCCGACGAGAACGAGAUGAUCAACUUUGAGGAGUUUGCCGACCGCUUCCAGGAGCCGGCCAAGGACAUCGGCUUCAACAUCGCUGUACUGCUCACCAACCUGUCUGAGCACGUACCCCACGAUACGCGACUACAGAACUUUCUGGAGCAAGCCGAGAGCGUCCUCAACUACUUUAGACCCUUCCUGGGCCGGAUAGAGAUCAUGGGAGCGAGCAGGAAGAUCGAGAGGAUCUAUUUUGAGAUCAGCGAGGCCAACAGGAACCAGUGGGAGAUGCCGCAGGUCAGAGAGUCCAAGAGACAGUUCAUCUUCGACGUGGUCAACGAGGGCGGGGAGAGCGAGAAGAUGGAGUUGUUUGUCAACUUCUGCGAGGACACCAUCUUUGAGAUGAACAUCGCCUCACAGAUUUCUGAGGAGGAGGAAGAGGAGGUGGUAGACUCAGAGGAUGAAGAGGAAGAAGGAGGAGGAGGAGGAGGAGAGUUGGACGAAAAUGGAGAAGAGAUUGCUCCCGAGUCGAGCUCGGCGUUCUCUGACUUCCUGACAAGCGUGGCGAACUUCUUCAACAUGUUCACCUUCAGGAAUCUACGGCGGCGCUACCGCAAGCUUAGGAAGAUGACUCUGAAGGAUAUGGUGGUGGGCUUGGCCACGUUCAUCUACACCAUCCUGUUUGGUAUCCUGUCUUUCAUCUACAGUGUGUGUAAGGGCUUCUUCAUGCUGAUCUGGAGCACCCUGUUUGGAGGAGAACUGGUAGAGGGUGCCAAGAAGAUCACGGUGACUGAGCUUUUGGCCAGUAUGCCGGACCCAACGCAAGAUGAGGUGCACGAUGAACUGCCACCUGAGCCAGGUGCCGAUGAGGGUCAGGAGGGGAUAGACGGAGGAGAGGAAAGAGACGUGGGAGGAGGAGAGGAAGGAGAGGAGGGAGGGGAUGGUGAGGAGAAGGAGGGAGGCCGGAUGCCUGGGUUCGACACCCCUGGAGGGCUGGGAGACUUUGGGGAGACCACAACUGUAGAGCCCCCUACUCCAGAAGGAACCCCACUGCUCAAGAGGAAACUGCUGGAAGCAACGUCUGGAGGAGAGGGUGAAGAAAUACAAGAGCCAGAACCAGAGGAAGAGACACCCCCAGAGGAGGAGAAGGCUGACAAUGAGAAUGGAGAGAAGGCAGAGAAGGAGGCUGAGCCCGUGAUAAAAGAGGAAGAACCGGAAGUGAAGGAGGAAACAUUGAAGACCAAGGCAAAGAAGGAGAAGAAACCUGCAGAGGAGGGCUAUGAGCUUUGGAAUGAGCUGGAGAUCCAGAGGAUCAAAUUCAUGAACUAUCUGUCUCGUAACUUCUACAACCUGCGCUUCCUGGCUCUCUUCAUCGCCUUUGCCCUCAACUUCAUCCUGCUCUUCUACAAGGUUGGAUAUGAUGUAGAGGAGGGGUCAGAAGACAUUGAGGGCUCCGCCCUGUUCGAGGGCUCCGCCGCGUUCGAGGGUUCUGGGUUGUUCGAGAGUUCCGGAGCUGUGGACGAGGGUGGUUCUGGGAUUGAUCCAUUUGACGAUGGUGGUGAUGAUGACGGUGGCGAUGAUGAUGAUGAGGAGGAAGGACCAUUUUUUUUCUACUUGGAGGAGAGUACAGGCUACAUGCAGCCCUGUUUGUCCAUGCUGGCCAUCAUACACACUGUCAUCGCUUUCCUCUGUAUCAUUGGAUACAACUGCCUCAAGGUUCCUCUGGUCAUCUUUAAGAGGGAAAAGGAGCUGGCUAGGAAGCUGGAGUUUGAUGGUCUCUAUGUCACCGAGCAACCAGAAGACGAUGACAUCAAGGGACAGUGGGACCGACUGGUGCUCAACACCCCGUCAUUCCCUAACAACUACUGGGACAAGUUUGUGAAGACAAAGGUGCUUGCUAAGUACGGGGACAUAUACGGUAGGGAGAGGAUCGCAGAGCUGCUUGGGAUGGACCUGGCCUCUCUGGACGUCAGCGCCAUGACACAAGAGAAGAAACCCGAACCAGAAAGUGGCAUGUUAAGCUGGAUUAUCUCCAUUGAUAUCAAAUACCAGAUUUGGAAGUUCGGGGUGGUCUUCACUGACAACACGUUCCUCUAUCUAGUCUGGUACAUGGUCAUGUCUCUGCUGGGCCACUUCAACAACUUCUUCUUCGCCUGUCACUUGAUGGACAUCGCCGUUGGUGUGAAAGAUUUGCGCACCAUCCUCUCCUCCGUCACACACAACGGCAAACAGCUGAUGAUGACUGUGGGUCUACUGGCUGUGGUGGUGUAUCUCUACACCGUCGUGGCUUUCAACUUCUUCAGGAAGUUCUACAACAUGAGCGAGGACGAGGAUGAACCGGACAUGAAGUGUGAUGACAUGAUGACCUGUUACCUGUUCCACAUGUACGUGGGUGUGCGUGCCGGCGGGGGUAUAGGAGACGAGAUCGAGGACCCGGCGGGCGAUGAGUACGAGCUCUACCGUGUCGUCUUCGACAUCACCUUCUUCUUCUUCGUAAUCGUCAUCCUGCUGGCUAUCAUCCAGGGUCUGAUCAUUGAUGCAUUUGGCGAGCUGAGAGACCAACAGGAGCAGGUCAGAGAGAACAUGGAGACGCAGUGCUUCAUCUGUGGUAUCGGUAGCGACUACUUUGAUACAACUCCUCAUGGCUUCGAAACGCACACCUUGGAAGAGCAUAACUUAGCCAACUAUAUGUUCUUCCUGAUGUACCUAAUCAAUAAAGAUGAAACGGAGCACACAGGACAGGAGUCGUAUGUGUGGAAGAUGUAUCAAGAGAGAUGCUGGGACUUCUUCCCUGCUGGAGACUGUUUCAGGAAGACGUAUGAGGAUCAGCUGGCCUAGUGGGAUAAAUCCUGUCUGUGUGGGUGGGAGAGAGAGAGGGAGAGAGAGAGAAGGAGAAAGUUAAGGAAAUAUAGAAGGUAUUAGAAGGUAUUAGGGAAUAGAUGUGGGUUUGAAGGGUUGUUCCUGUGUCAUAUUUCUCUGUGAUCUCCUGUCUUGACACGCCUGCAGCAAUAUUCUGAUAGACUGAAUAAGAUGACAUGAUCAGAGGAGAUGAAGAGUCCCAAGGGCUUUUAACCCUGUAAAUACACUUCAUGGCCUUUUUCUGUGUGAAAUAUAGAUAUGCUGUCUUGACUGAAUUCAAACACACACACACACACAUACACACAUACACACACACACACACACAGCGCUGCCUCUCUGUCAGUGUGUGUUUCUGUAGAGCUGAAUACAGCAUAGUGCCUAACUCUCAUGGUAAACAAACAUGCUUUAAUGUCUUAAGUAGUGCCCCCAUUCCUUCACAUUAUUAUAAUCACUCUUGUUUGAGAUUGUAUUAAUAUAAAUGUCCUCGUGUAAGAAUGUCUUGAUUUUUGUGUAUGCCUUUAAAUGAGCUAUUUCUGUCA